AGCAACAGCAGCAGCAGCAACAGCAGCAAAAGCAACAGCAGCAACAUCAUCAAUUGCUGCCACAACAAACUGAGCCACAGUUAACCAAAGUGCCAAACCUGGUAGUAGCAACAGUGGCACCUCAACUUCAGCAACCAUCACAGCAUCAUCAUCAUCAGCAGCAGCAACCUGCACCGCAGCAACAUCAGCAGCAGCAAACAUCUCCUGUCGUGGUGCCGCCUCAUCAGCAGCAACAGCCUCAGCAGACCAGCUACCAUGAGCAGCAUCAGCCGCAUCAGGCAACCCAACAGCAAUCGCAGCCACCGCGCAAGCCUCCGCAGCAAUAUAAUCAAUCGCAGCAGCAACAGGUGCGUCGCAAAUACUCCUCGGAGUACAAUCACCAUCAUCAUCAGCACGGCAGCAGUGAUACCGGCAUCCAGACCACCAAGACAAUGUCCUGGACGAAUUCUGCUCAGCACAAGAAGUCGACACAAUCGGUUUCGGUCACAGCCUCGCCCAAUAAUGUAAACAAUGGACCCGGAGUGGGUGUGGGAAGUGGUCUAAAAAUCAACAAUUAUAGUCACACCACAAAGACGUUCACCAAUCAACAACACUACCAGCAGCAGCAACAUCAGCAGCAGCAGCACUAUCAGAACCAGAAUAAUUACAACAGUGGCGGCAGCAGCAGCAAUAACAGCAGCACCUCCAGCAACAGCAGUGGUAAUCCGCCUCAGGUGCGCACCUAUGGCACCAUGAAGAUGCCUUCCUCGCCGGUGGCCAGCACUGCGCCAACGCUGGAGCGGAAGAACAGUCAACAGGGGCCAGCACCAGCAGCAGCAACAGGAGCACCUCAAGCUGCACAUGGAGCAGCAACUCCUACAGCAACUACCUCAACGGCCAGUAUCACGGCUAAUCCAAAUCAAUUCCUGCCCGAGACGAGCAACAAUAAUAAUGCAGCUCCAGUAGCUGUCCCUCAGCCACCUCAGCAUGCUGUCACGGUUGCAACACAGGCAGCAGCAGCAGUACCUGCAGCAGCAGCACCAACCAAAUCCUACAGCAGUUAUGCGGCCAAGAAGCAUCAGGCGCAUGAACCGGCUGCCCUAAGCUCCGUGGUGGCCAGCUCCACUACCAGUUCAUCCAGCAACCCGCAACCACCUCUGAAUCUUGCCCCACCGGCGCCACCAGCAUCGCAGAAUAGUGGCGAUAGUGCGCAAUUCUCGUGGGCCAGUCUAUUUGCCAGCAAUAAGCCCGUGGCCAAGGUGGCUCCCUAUGAUGCUAGCAAAACUUUGCAGCAGCAGCAGCAGCACCAACCUCAUCCAGUGCUCCAGCUAGCUCCACCUCAGCCAGCUCAGGCUUCGGUCGCUGCUCAAGCAGUGCCUCAACUGGCCCCACCGCAAACUCAGCCCCUGCCAACGGCUCAUCAGCAAUCACAGUUGCCAGCUCCAGUGCCGGCACCAACCACGCCGCUGAUUACACCCGGAACGCUAUCCUACUCGGCGGCAUCUGCUCAAGCAGUUCCGGCUUCUGCACCAAGUCCGGCAUCCGCAUCCAUUAAGCCCCUGAAACCAGAACCUGUGCGUCCGACUGCACACCAACUCGAUGAGUGGACCAAUAAGUAUGCCGAGUUCCUGACACGCCAAAAGACCAACUUGUCACCGAUCAGCCUGCGUCCCCGUGGUCUGACCAAUAGGUCCAACUACUGCUACAUCAACUCGAUCCUGCAGGCUCUGCUCGGCUGUUCGCCGUUCUACAACCUGCUGCGCACCAUACCCAAGCAGGCGGCGGUCUUGAGUGAGGUGAAAACGCCCACAGUGAAUGCCAUGAUGUCGUUUAUGACCAACUUUUCUUCGUUGCCCAGCGGCUUGCGUCUGCGUUUAAACAACAACCUGAACAAGGGAGGAGCUCAGAACAAGGGCAAGGAUGAGUUUGUGGGCUCAGAUUUGCAGUGUGACAUGGCCUUUGAGCCUACAGAGAUCUACAAGCUGUGGAAUGACAGUCGUGAGGAGCAUGUCGAGGGUCGCCAAGAGGAUGCUGAGGAGUUCCUUGGCUAUGUGCUCAACAAGCUCAAUGAUGAGAUGCUGGAGGUGAUUAAACUUAUUGACAAGCCCAGCUCUCAGCAGAAUGGUCAGAAUGAGCAGUCUGAGCCAGAGGAUGGUGGUGAUGUCUGGCAGAUAUGCAACAACCGCAACAAGGGCAGUGUCACCCGCCAAACCGACUUUGGACGCACUCCCAUCAGCGACAUCUUUCGCGGAGAGCUUCGUUCCCGGCUGCAGCGCGAGGGAGAGCACUCCACGGACGUGAUUCAGCCCUUUUUCACGCUUCAAUUGAACAUUGAGAAAGCUGCCUCGGUUAAGGAAGCCCUGGAGAUCCUAGUGGGUCGCGAUCAGCUAGAGGGCGUCACUGGCAGCAAGACUAAACAGGAAGUGGUGGCCUGGCAGCAGAUGACGCUGGAGAAGCUGCCCGUUGUACUGAUAUUGCAUUUAAAGUACUUUGACUAUCGCUCAGAUGGUUGCACAAAGAUUCUGAAGAAAGUGGAGUUCCCCGUGGAGCUGAAAAUCGAUGCCAAAAUCCUCGGCUCAAAGAAGACGUCACAAAAGCAGCGGGCCUACCGACUGUUUGCCGUCGUCUAUCACGAUGGCAAGGAGGCCUCCAAGGGCCAUUACAUCACGGACGUGUUCCACACGGGCUACAGCAGCUGGCUGCGCUACGACGAUAACUCAGUGAAGCCGAUCGGCGAGAAGAACGUCCUCCAGCCGCACACGCCGCGGGUGCCUUACCUUUUGUACUACCGCCGCUCCGACACUUUGCCCCAGCAGCAGCAGGCAUCACAGCAGAGUGCCGCCUCCAAUGGAGGGGCAGGAGUUGGCAGCAGCUCAUCGUCGUCGAAUGCCGGGGACUGCAAGUGAAGCAGCAACACAGCAGCAGCAGCAGCAGCAGCAGUUGUAUAAAUACAUGUUAGGAUAUACAUAAAUAUCAUAUAUUUUUGUGUCAGUGUGUGUGUGCGUGAGAGAGAGUGUAGAGUGUGUGCGAGUCUUGGUUUUAUAUGCAUAUACAAUAUAUAACAAUUAGAUAUAUUCGAACGGUAUACAUAUAUCUAAGCCCAAAGUCCAAAGCGCAUGUCAGUGUGUGUGAGUGUGUGAGCAAGGAAUUUAGCUCUAAGCUAGAAACUAGAUUUAAGAAACAGAACCAUAAAAGCAGCAACAAAAAUUGGUAGGAAUGAAAACUUUGUACAAAUAGCAGAAGCAAAACUAAACAGCGAGCAAAUUAUUAUAACCUAGUGCUAAAUCUACAAAAAUCCCUAACUUUUCCAUGUGGCACAAAAAAAAAAAAAACAAAACCAUUAUUUGUAGUAGGUGUUAGGAGGCCCCCUAGAAUCUUUCUCGAUACGAUGUUAUGACAAACGCUUAGAGCUGUAAAUAUAUACACAAAUAUCAAUAAUAUAUAUAUAUAUUGUAGUUCAUGCAUGGCAGGCAUUUAAACAAGAAACCCAACAGCAGCAACAAUAUAUAUGGAAUGCUUUGAAUAUGCUUUAAACGAAUAUAUAUAUAUUUUAGAGCCAGCAGGAAAGUACAGCCAUUGGUUGUGGUCAAAAUGGUAGUCAAACCUUGGCAGAUGUUGGCUCAAAAUCAAUUAUAAAAUUAAAUCUCGAUCAUGUGUUUUUUAAUUACGGUUGUAAUCUGUUCUUAUUGGUUCUACCAUGCAAUAAUUGUUAAAAUAUCGUAAGCUCCAAUAUUAUAUUGUAAAAUUUUUAAAAGAAAGCUACAUAUAUUAAGCUAAUUGGUUGGCUAAUAUUUUGAUCACAAUCGUGCAAAUAUGGCAUUAUUUUGUACAUGCUUGAUAAGCAGUUAAAUAAGUCAACUCCAACGCCCGUUCAUUUUGUAAUUUAUUUUGUAUGUUGUUUAGUUUUACACGGCAGAUCCACACAUCUCUAUAAAUAUUAUCGCUAUAUUUACUAUAUA